AUGAGUGAUAAAUCAAAAUCUCCACCUAUGAAGAAAACCAAUAAACCCAUUAUUAAGAUCUAAGUUUCAAAUGAAAAGAUUUAGAAUAAAAAUUAUUAGCCUUCAAGAUUUGUUGUUGCUGAAAGAUUAUAACCUAUUACGUAUAAUAAUCUUAUUACUAAAGAUAUAAAACUUAAGAGGUAUUAAGUGAGUUUCAAACUAAAAUAGAAAGCACAAUAUUGAAUCCAAAUUUAUUAAAAAGUGUUUAACCUAGUUAAUAAAGAGUCAUAUAAGUAAUUAUUAUAAUCAAUGUUAUUUCAAGCCAAAAGAAUAUAAAAAGAAACCUUUAAGGAGAUAAGAAAAUGAGAUGCAAAUGUAUAAAGACAUAUUUGUAUAACCAAAAGCAGAUGCAUUAUAAGAGUUAAAAGAAAAAGAGAAGGAUUUUGAAGCUCUAUUUCAUAAAGGCUAAGCUAAAUAAUAUGAUAAAAUUCUAAAUAUAAAAGAAGAUGAAGAAAAGCAAACUAAAAAUUUAAUAGGAUCAUUACUUAAUGAAUAAAUAUUGAAAUCUACUGCUCCAAUUGAUAAUAUUGAUUUAAAAAAAGAAAUUGAUAAAGUUGCUUAAAUGGAUUUGGCAGUUCAACCUGAAACAAACUUUUAAUUUUUUGAUUAACAAAUAUCUGUCUAACCUCCAGAUUUACCUAAUGCAAGUAUAGCUUCUCCCUUAACUCCUGGUAAUGGAUAUGCACCUUCAAUUCCUUACACUCAUAAUGUAAAGGAAAAUAAUAGAACAAGCAUCAAAGAUUUAUUAGUAAGGGCAAAAGCAGGUAUGUAGGCUGGGGACAUAUAAAAAGAAGCUCAUUUGUCCUUUUAUUUGGGAAUGGUUUAUGAAAGUAGUAAAAAUCAUAAUGAAGCUGUCAGAUUUUAUAAAAAAUUUGUAGCUUGUGCUAAAUUAAUGGAGGAUAAAAUAGGAAUGGCUUUAGGAACAAAUAGAGUAGCAUUUAACUAUUAUAAUGCUGGAAAUUAUAUAAAAUCAAUUGAAUUUCAUAAACAAAAUUUAUAAUAUUCAGAUCAAGAAAAUAGGUUUACUGGUUUUUAUAAUAUGGGAUUAGCUUAAAGAAGGUUAAGAAAUUAUGAAGAUUCAAUAGAAUAUUUUUAAUAAGCAUUGGAAUGGGCUGAGAAGAGAGAUGAAGCAGAAUCUUAAUGCAUAUCUUUUGGAUAAUUAGGAAUAGUUUAUUUAGAAAUUAAAUAAUAUUAAUUAGCUUAUGAGAAUUUUCAAGUAUUUAUUAUAAAUUUAAUAUGACAGAAUUGUUAUGAAUUAGCCAGAAGAUUAAAAAAUCAUAAAUUAUAAUUGGAUUGUUUAUUAAAUUUAAUUAAAAUAUCUGGAUAUUUAUAAACUCCAAUUGAAAUAUAGACAGAUAUUUUAAGAAAUGCAAUAUAAGUAUAUAUAUAUAUAUAUUAAUUAUUUAUUUAGUGUGCUAAUCAUUUAAAUGAAAAAUCCAUAGCUACUUUAUGUUUAUGUAAUUUAGGUGUUCUUGAAUCAAAACCUCUAUAAUAAAUCUAACAUUAUGAUGAUUUAGAAUAUGAAUAAUUUUGAUGGAUUAUAUUAUUAUUUAAUUUAUUAAUAAUAAAUGAAUUAAACUUUAGAUAAAAUUUCUGCUGAAGAUUGGCAUCAUAAUUAAAACAAUAUUAUAAUACCAAAAGCUUAAAUGAAUGAAUUUGUUCUUAAUUUUUUUAUAGUUGAAGGUUAUAGAGAUGCAGCAAUUGAAUUUUCUAAAGAAGCUGGAAUUUAAUGUAAUAUUUAAAAUAUUUUAUUGUAAAGUGACAAACAAAGAACUUGAUAAAAUGAUUGAAAGAAUUGAAAUUAAGAAGAAUAUUUUAAAUGGUGAAAUUGAUUCUGCUUUAGAAAAAGUAUCAAUGAACAAUAAUAAAUAAAUUCUUUUUAAGUUGAAAAUGCAAAAAUUGAUAGAACUUAUUAAAAUUAAUGAAUUAGAUUAGGCUGUUUAAUAUGCUUAAAAUUAAAUAAUAGGUUUCUUAAAAGAUUAAGUAUUAUUUUUAUAUUUUAUAAAGCCUCAUCUUAUUGAUGAAAUUGAAAAGGCUAUGUCUUUAUUAGCUUAUAAAGAUCUUAAUAAAUGCCCUUUAAAUCAUCUAACAUAAAAUUCAUAGAGAAUUAAGGUAGCAAGUGAAGUCAAUUAAUAAUUAUUUUAAGACUCCUAAGGAAAUGAAUAAGCUAAAAUAACAAUACUAAUGAAAAUAUUAUAAUGGGCAUAAGAAAUAUUGAAUUCUAAACUUUAAUAUCCUCAUCUAAUAGAAAUAUCAAAAGGAUAAUUCUCAAAAGAACAAUGA